AUGUCUGUGGCCCUUAAUAAGGAGAAUAAAGGGAGGCUUGCAAAGGUUCGCAACCAUCCCACUGCUUAUGACGCCUUCAACUCUGAUGCCAAGGAUGGAGGUCCCGAAGACUUCAACCUUGAUGAAGGGAUGGACAAUGCUGACUUGGAAGACCUGGACAGUGACGCCGAACAGCACAGGCGACUUACCCAUGUUCCUGGACCUCAAGCUGACAUUGCUGAGCUGCAAGCGGCUCUCAGUGUUGUGCAGCGAGCAUACACCGAAUGCCGCAAGGAACUGCACCAGACAAGGAAGGCUCUCUUCGAAGCCAAUAGCCAGCGUUCCAAGCGGUCCAGGAACGCUUCUAGCAAGCCAAACAGCCUCACGACUCGUAUUGAGCAAGAAGCAAAGAAAUACCUCCUACUGUACCAUUUUUUCAUUAUUCAAAGCCUUUUCCCAGCAGCUCCAAAUCCCAAUACUGAUCGACACGAUCCAGCAUGGUGGAAAUCACAGGAUGGGAAGCUCAAGGGCGCUCUGACUGAGCUUUAUGAGAUGAUUCCUGCAGAUUUACAUGAGUCAAUGGUAACCUACAAGCAAUUUGGCUCCAUGUUCAUACAAGCACACAGUCAGGAGAGAUCCAAUGUCCUCAAAGUCAUCAAGGACUGUGCUGGCACGUUAUUCGCUCCAUAUAACAUUUCACCGGAUCUCUUUACUGGAAAGCCCGCUUGUAAGAAGGACAACAAGGCAUGCCUGGAGCUCUUGAAGAAGGAUGGAGUCAGAGAGUACACCCGUUUUGCACCCAUCCUUUUUGCAGAUCCUAAGCAGAUGGUUACUGGAGGCUUCUUGAAGAGUCCCAUCCUAGUUAAGGUUAUCCGUGUCCUGAUGUUCGGAAAAUCGAUCCUCGCAGAAAACAAACAUGGAUGGCCCCCAGCCAGGGGACAGAAGAUGGGCGUGCUGAGCGUCACUGAGGGCCUGAUUGCUGGUGCCUGCAUCUUGGUCAACUACCGAUCAGAAUAUGAUUUCUACCUCGAGAAGCUUUUCAAAGCAUCUCCUUGGGCUGUCAGCGUGAUGAAUUUCUUCAACCAGGAAGUCUUCGGGAAGGGUUCUCAAUUGGCGAAUGUCAAAUCCGAGGUAUUUGCUAAUGUGGAGCAGCCGUGUACUUGGGAAGAUGAAUUUUUAGAUGAACUCGACAACAUUGACCCCACUGACAGUCACACCCCACCCUGUUUCCACACUGUAUGA